AGGUAUUAAUCUAUAAAAAUCAGGUCUUAAAUCAAUUGAGGAGAAACAAAUGGAUUUAUUGCAAUUUUUAAAUCUCUAUAAAUAAUUGAAAAUAUCAUUACAAAUUCAUUUACUUGUAAUUCAUAAUCCCAAAGAAUUGAUUGUAAUAUAUUCUUGUAAUAAUAUAGAAUAUAAGUAAAUUACAUAAAGAAGUAUUUGGAGACACAUAGUUGCAACAUCUAAAUAUAGUAUUAAAGUCUUUGAAUCUUUGUCCAGUAGUCUUUGACAUAAACAUUAAUGAAUUAAUAAGUCAUGCUAAAGUAUAAUCAAGAAUAAGUAGAGUUUGUCAAUAUAUUAAAAACAUAAUUUGUUGCAAACUUUGA